AUGAGAGCAAGCGAGAGAUCCAUCACAUUUCAAAUUGAGGGUAUCCGCUCGCUUAUCAGCACUGCGCAGGUUAUCGUUUCUCUUGGUUGUGCUGUUCGACAGUUAAUAGACAAUUCACUUGACGCGUCUGCGAAAACAGUAGAAAUCCGUUCGAGAAACAAUGGCUACGAAUCCGUGGAGAUCAUCGACGAUGGCUCUGGUAUCGAAUCUGACAAUUUCGAUUCUCUUUGUAAACCACAUUCCACGUCGAAACUAACUGGACUGAACGACUUCAGUCAUCUCUCCACACUGGGAUUCCGCGGUGAAGCUCUCAACGCUCUUUGUGCUUUGUCAUCCGUUACGAUAAUUACACGGUAUCGUACCGAUUCGCUCGGUACUAAACUCCGUUUCGAUCACAGCGGAAACAUCGUUGAAAGAACAUCUGUGGCUAGAUCAACAGGUACUACGGUGAUAGUCGAGAGUCUCUUCGAAACCUUACCAGUUCGUAGAAAGGAAUUCGAAAAGACUGCUAAGAAAGAGUUUGGUAAAGUACUGACAACAGUACAAAGCUUCGCUCUUUCACGGCCAGAUGUCAAAUUCAUAUGCAGCAAUACUGUGGCAGGGUAA